AUGGAACAAGACCCCGGAUUCAUCGCCGCCGUCGAAGAGGCCAAGAAGGGCGCCGCCGAGGGCGGGGUCCCCAUCGGCGCGGCCCUGGUCUCCAAGGAUGGCAAGAUCCUCGGCCGUGGGCACAACAUGCGCGUGCAGAAGGGCAGCGCUACGCUCCAUGCCGAAAUGGCGGCGCUCGAGAACUCGGGCCGGCUGCCUGCCUCUGCGUACGCGGGCGCUACCAUGUACACCACGCUGUCCCCGUGCGACAUGUGCACGGGUGCGUGCAUCCUCUACAAGAUCAAUCGCGUCGUCAUUGGCGAGAACCAGAACUUUCUUGGCGGGGAGGAGCUCCUCCUCAACAAGGGGAAGGAGGUCGUUGUGCUGGACCAUGCCGAGUGCAAACAGCUGAUGGAGACGUUUAUCAAAGAGAAGCCCGAGCUUUGGAACGAGGAUAUCUCUGUAUAA